AUGAUGCAUGCUACGCUGGCCGACGAGAGCCACCCCGAGCAGCCGCAGCGGAUCGCGCGUAUCUUUGAAAUGCUGCAGCGCCACGGCUGCAUCGACCGCAUGUUGCGCAUCCCCUCGCGGGAGGCGCGGCGCCACGAGGUCGAGUCUGUCCACGACGCGGCGCUCUGGGACACCUUCGAGUCGAUCGUGCAGCUGCCUGUCGAGCAGCUCAAGGCGUACAGCCAGGAUCUGGAGGCCAGGUCGUCGCUCUACCUGAACCCACACUCGACGUUCUGCGCGCGCCUCGCGUGCGGCAGCGUGAUCGAGACAUGCUCGGCCGUGGCCGCCGGCCGCGUCCGCAACGGUAUCGCCAUUGUGCGUCCGCCGGGCCACCACGCCGAGCCCGGCUCGGGCACGGGCUUUUGCCUGUACAACAACGUCGCGGUCGCUGCAACGACCCUGCUGAAUCGGCCGACCGGCGCGGCCGACCGUGUGCAGCGCGUGAUGAUCCUCGACUGGGAUGUGCACCACGGCAACGGCACGCAGCGUGCAUUCUGGGAUGACGACCGCGUGCUGUACGUGUCGCUGCACCGGUACGAGAACGGCACCUUCUACCCCGGCACCACGUUCGGCCACUACGACCAGGUCGGCGGCCCCGAGGCGCGGGGCACGUCGGUCAAUGUGCCGUGGCCGUGCGGCGGCAUGAACGACGCCGACUAUCUGUAUGCGUUCCAGCGCUGCAUCAUGCCCAUUGCCCCCGACCUGGUGAUCGUCAGCGCGGGUUUCGACGCGGCGGCGGGCGACCUCCUCGGCGGCUGCCUCGUGUCGCCAGCGGGCUACGCCCACAUGACGCACCAGCUCAUGUCUCUCGCGAGCGGCAGGCUCGUCGUUGCGCUGGAAGGCGGCUACACGCUCGACGCCAUUGCCUCCUCGGCCCUCGCUGUGACGCAAACGCUCCUGGGCGACCCGCUGCCGCCGUGGCCCGCGCGCCUCGCCUGCAGCACGGCCGGCGCCGAUACCGUGGCCCGCGCCGUCCGUGCACAGGCGCCGUACUGGGCGUGCAUGCGCCACUCGCUCGACUACGCCCCGGCGCCACGCGAGGUCCGCGGCGCUACCUGGGCGGCCAGUGACCUAUACCUCGAUGCGCGCGCCGCGCGCCUGUGGGCCGACCACCAGAUGAUGCCGCUGCCGGCCGUGGGCGACUCGCUGCGGCGCAACCAGGCGCUGGUGACGCCGUCGGCCAUGGCGCCCGGCACAUCCACGCUCCUUGUGUUCAUCCACGAUAUGGGCACGUGGCAUAUCGGCGACCCCGACGAUCCUCAGCGCCCGCCCCUCUUCCUCGCGGAUGCAGCGGACGCCGUGGUGCAGUGGGCGCACACACACGGCUUUGCGUGCGUGGACCUGUGCACGGCGCUCCCGGUGCCGGUGCGCCCGCUCCGCAACAGCGAGCACGACCGGCCUCCUCCGCGGCCGGACGCCCAGCCGCACAAGGCGACGCUCGAGGCGCAGGCCCUGUACGUGUGGGACCACGUGUGUGCCCUGUCGCCCGCGCAGCGCGUCCUCUUUGUCGGCUUUGGCGCGGGCUGCGAUGCGCUGAUGCAUAUCAUCGCGAACCGCGUUGUGCAGGGCCGCGUCCAGGCGGUCGUACAGGUCAUGGGCCUGCAGCCGAUCCCCCUCGUGCCCAAGCAGCGGCAGGAGCUCAAGGCCUGGUACCUCGAGCGCGCCCUCGUGCUGUGCCCACACGAGCACCCGCUGUACGCAUGGAACGAGCAGCAGGCGUCCGGCAAGCGUCUCGGGCGGGUGCAGCGCGCCGCCGAAUCGGACCCGACGCAGGUACUGUACCGCGCCACGGACGUGCUCGAUGCGCUGCUCCGCGCGCCUGCGCGUGCCGAGGCUACGCCCCGUGCUCCGCCGGCGCCCGUGCCGGCGAUGGCUUCGUAG